CCCCGUUGCCAGUUUUCCGUGCUCAUAAGUAGCCGUCUUUCUCACGGCGUCCUGUUACCAGUUCCCCGACGGUCAAUAGGUUCCGAAAACCAAUAUUAUGGAUCACUACCAGCUAUCAAGCUCCUCCGAAAUCGCCAUCGAAUCUCUGCCAUCACUAGGCCUGAGACGGACAUAUCAUGAGCGCCCGUGUGGUGAAUUAUUGUAUGGCCCAGGAGUAAUCUUCUACCAUCGAGCCACUGGAGGUCAUUAUGAUCAUUAUGAUUCGCGUCCCGCAAGCUGUGAUAUUUCCAAUGCACAAUAUCCCACGCCAGGCACAUCUCCCAACACCAGCGGCUGGCACUUCGACGCCUAUUCACCGGAGGCCGGUGCCGAUUAUUCUAGCAUAUCACCUCUCUCCUACGGCUACCAGUCGACCGACGCCUGCUAUACACCUCCACAAAGUCCCCGGCCCCGAAAACGGGGUCCUUUCCAGUGCGAACGGUGCGAGCGUACCUUUAGCACAUCCACAAACUUUACCCGGCACAACUCGUCCUCCAAUUGUGCCAUAAAGGGAGGCCUCGGAAAGGAUGGAAUGUCCUUCCCGUGUACCGAAUGCGGGAAAGCCUACAACCGAAAUGAUAACUUGAAAAAGCACAUCAAGGAGAAACAUCCGUCGUUAGAGAAGCCCUUACAGGGUUGACUGGGUUGCGUUAUGUUAUUUCGUUCUGCGUUAGGCCGUUCAGGGGGAAUUGGGCUGGGCUGGGCUGGGGUGUAAAUAUGAACUGUACGUGUACUUACUUAUUUGGUGUUUUGGAUAAAAUAUGUUUUGGUUGGAUUGUGGUACUAUUGUAAGAUGAUUGUGACGCCCGG